CACAUCGUCCGCGAGUGCGCGAUGAGGCCGUGGUUGGGGAAGGCGAUUUAAAUGACUGUGGCCACGCUGGGCGGUCGUGCUUCUUUGUUUGUGGGACAAUUUUUUUGAGAUCAAAUACCAUUUGUAAAGAAAAAGUAAAGUAGUAGAGGACUUAAAAAACCAAGGGGCACCAUAAUAAACCAUAAAACAUCUAAAGCAAUGGGCAGCAGCGGCGGAGAGGAGUUCGUGCCACCGCCGGAGUGCCCAGUUUUCCAACCGACGUGGGAGGAAUUCGGGGACCCGCUGGCUUACAUAGCAAAGAUUCGCCCCAUUGGCGAGAAGACGGGCAUCUGUAAGAUACGGCCGCCUCCGGAGUGGCAGCCUCCGUUUGCUGUGGAUGUUGAUAAUUUUCGUUUCACGCCAAGAAUACAGAGAUUGAAUGAACUAGAGGCCCAAACGAGAGUGAAGCUCAACUUUCUGGAUCAGAUAGCAAAAUUCUGGGAGCUACAAGGUUCUACCUUGAAGAUUCCCAUUUUGGAGCGAAAGCUGUUGGACCUCUACAUGCUGAGCAAGGUGGUGGCAGAGGAGGGAGGCUUUGAGAUUGUGUGCAAAGACAGGAAAUGGUCACGCGUGGCAGCAAAGAUGGGAUAUAUGACGGGAAAGGCUGUGGGCUCACUGCUCCGUGUGCACUACGAGCGAAUCCUCUACCCCCACAACCUUUUCCAAUCUGGCGUGAGCCUCUCGACAAUAGCACAGAGCCUCAAUCAGAAAACACCAAUCGGCCAGGCUGUUGCAGAAUUCAAUUACAAUGAGUGCAUUGCGAAGCCAGAGUAUGAGCCGGAUGAGAAAGACCAAGAAUAUAAACCACACAGCAUCCCGCUAAGGCAGUCGUUGCAACACGGGAAGAUGAACUGUGCCGGGCGACGUGCAAACCGCAUGAAAACAGAGCCCGAUCCAAUUGAUGCUGACGUGAGCUCCAAUUCGGAGCUACGGAAACUUCAAAUCUUUGGGGCAGGUCCCAAAAUGGCAGGCCUGGGCCUGUUAACUGGAAAAGAUCGAAAUGGAAAGGAAAGUGAAGGUGGAGAGCGAGGCCUGGAUGAUGUGAAAGCUCUACCUUCCAUGGACAUCCAGUGUCCUGAACCUGAACCACAGACUGCCAUCAUCUCAGAAAAGGUGCCUUCUACGAAGGAUUCCAAAAUGGAGCUGAAGCCAGUGCAGCUUAAAGAAGCUGAUAUUAUUGCGAAUGUGGACCUGUACGAAUGCCUGGUGUGCGGGCGAGGGGACGAUGAGGCUAAACUGCUCCUGUGCGAUGGCUGUGACGACAGCUACCACACCUUCUGCCUCAUUCCACCUCUGCAGGAUGUCCCGAAGGGGGACUGGAGGUGCCCUAAGUGUGUUGCUCAGGUGAUGGGCUGGUGCAGUGGGAGUGAUGGCAUAAUCCCUAGCAACAGCUCUUACGAAUGCAGCAAGCCUCAGGAGGCAUUUGGAUUUGAACAGGCGAAGAGGGUGUACACCUUGCGCAGUUUCGGAGAGAUGGCGGAUGUAUUUAAAUCGGACUACUUCAACAUGCCUGUUCACAUGGUGCCUACUGAACUCGUGGAGAAAGAGUUCUGGAGGCUGGUUAGCUGCAUUGAGGAGGACGUGAGUGUUGAGUAUGGGGCCGAUGUGCAGGCCAAGGAAUACGGCAGCGGCUUUCCUGUGAAGAAUGGGAAGAAGAAAUUAUCCAAGGAGGAAGAGGAGUACACCAGCAGUGGGUGGAAUCUGAACAACAUGCCAGUCUUGCCCCAGUCGUUGCUGGGUCACAUCGACGGGGACAUAUCUGGCAUGAAGGUGCCCUGGCUAUAUGUGGGCAUGUGUUUCUCAUCCUUCUGCUGGCACAUCGAGGACCACUGGAGCUACUCCAUUAACUAUUUGCACUGGGGAGAGCCAAAGACAUGGUAUGGUGUUCCUGCGUAUGCUGCCGAGUCACUGGAAAAUGUGAUGAGGACCUUGGCUCCAGAGCUCUUUCUGGCACAGCCCGACUUGCUGCAUCAGUUGGUCACGAUUAUGAAUCCCAACAUACUAAUGGCCCACGAUGUUCCCGUGGUUAGGACCAAUCAGUGCCCCGGAGAGUUUGUGGUGACCUUCCCACGGGCCUACCACAGCGGAUUUAACCAAGGGUACAAUUUUGCAGAGGCCGUGAAUUUCUGCACUGCAGACUGGCUUCCGAUGGGCCGCCGGUGUGUGGAGCAUUAUCGCCUGAUGCGGAGGUACUGCGUGUUCUCGCACGAGGAGCUGCUCUGCAGGAUGGCGUGCGAGACGGAGGGCCUGGCGCUGCCAAUGGCAUCGGCGAUUGGCCGCGAGCUCGAGAUUGCCAUUGACGAGGAGCGGAAGUUGCGCAGGGAGGCCUGGGAAAUGGGUGUGAGCAAGUCGGAGCUGUUUGAGUUUGAGUUGUUGGCGGAUGAUGAGCGGCAGUGCCACUUUUGCAAGACGACCUGCUACCUGUCUGCUAUCGCGUGCCCUUGCUGCCCAGGCCGCCUGGUGUGCCUCUAUCACAUCCGUGACCUUUGCCGUUGUCCCACACAGCACAAGAUACUCAGGUACAGAUAUACACUGGCUGAACUGCCCCCAAUGCUGCACAAGCUGAAGUCUCGAGCAGAGCUAUUUGAUGCUUGGGCUGAAAAAGUGAGGAGAGCAUUGGACGAGGAAAAUGGCAAGAAGUCUGAUUUGUCGGCGUUAAAGGCACUGCUGGAGGAGUCUGAGAUGCACGAAUUCCCCGAAAGCAGCUUACGGCAGAACCUGAUGCUGCUCGUACUUGAGGCAGACCAAUGUGCCUCGAUGGCGCAGGAUCUGAUGACCACUCGGAUCUGUGUCCAAGACAAAAGUGGUGCAACUGAAGAGCAAGUGACACUGAGCUUGGAAGAGUUCAAAACAUUUGUGAAUCGUUUGGAGAAACUUCCCUGCACUGUCAACCAUAUGAAUGAAAUAAAGGAGCUGCUGGAGAGAGUGGAAGGCUUCAGGGAUGCUGUGCAGCUGCUGCUGGUGGCAGAGGACAAACCAGAUUUAGUGCGGAUGCAAGAGUUGCUCAAGCAGGCCGAAGACUUGGCUCCUGUUCAUCUGCCCGAGAAAGAGCAGCUGGAACAGAGGGUGCAGAGGGAGCGCUGGCUUGAAGAGGUCCACACUGCACUGGCCUUUUCACUGUCCAGCCAAGACCAGGGGCUUUCUGAGAAAGAAGCCAUGGGUGGAGGCAUUAGCUGCCUGAACAUAGAGGUGCUUCGCAGGUUGAUAGACAGUGCCAUGCCACUGGGAGCUGAACCUGUCAUGGAUCGAGCUGUGGCUGAGCUGCAGGAAAUUCUGACCGUGGCAGAGAGUUGGGAGGAUCGGGCCCGUGCUUGCCUGCAGGCCAGGCCUAGGAUGGUGAGAAGUACCCUUGAGUCCAUUGUUGCUGAGGCUCAUGGGGUACCAGUUCAUCUGCCAACUGUGCGAGCACUGAAGGUCUCCUUACAGCAAGCUGACGAUUGGACUACUGACCUGGAAAAGAUCCAGGCAGGAGAUCACUAUCCAUACUGCAGCGUGCUGGAGAGGAUGGUAUCGCAAGGCCGCUGCAUUCCUGUGCAGCUGGAUGCAUUGUCCCAGUUGGAGGGGUGGCUGGAGGCUACCAGCAUUUGGCAGAGACGUGCUGCAAGGACCUUUCUUAGGAGAAACUCCUGCUGUACCCUCCUAGAGGUGCUGAACCCAAAGACUUGUGCUGGUGAUGCGGAGAAAGGGAACGAGUGCAGUGACAACAAAAGAACUCCGUCCCAAGGGACUGACCCUUCUUUUGUGGACACGUACAGGUCCGCUGAGCGCGAGGAGGUGGAGGCCAUGCGGCGAAUGCGCGAGGCCAGUCGCGCUAGUGGGCCUCCUCCAGAGGGGGGCUCCACGACGCCAUGCGGCGUGUGUGGCCAUGGUGAUGCCGGGCUGGUGAGACAGUGCCACCAGUGUCGGGCACCCUGCCACCACGGCUGUGUGGCACCGACUCACCGCCGAGCCGGUGCCAGGGCGCUGUGCACUCGCUGCGUUCGAUCCAAGCGGCCGCAAAUGGCCACUGUACUGAACCUCCUGGUUGGUCUACAGGGCCUGCCCGUCAGGCUGCCAGAAGGAGAGGCCCUGCAGUGCCUGGCAGAGCGUGCGAUGGGCUGGCAGGACCGGGUGCAUCAAGCCCUGUCCCAGGGGGAGGUUGUACGGGCCCUUGAAAAACUCAAGUCCCAGCCCCCUUCCCAUAAAGUGGCACGCAACACCAAGUCCAGAACCACCAUCGGGCAGAAGGAAAGCCCAAGCAAUGGAUCGUGUGGAACUCUCGCAAACGUUUCUUCUGAACACGGAGGGAAUGAUGAUCCAACCUAUGACCUUCAGCCUUUGACUUCUACCUCCCGCACUGAGCUCGCUCAGUCUUCAGUGCGCAGCAGCCAAAGUUCCAGGUCGCAGCAGAUGUUUCCUUCGCUGUUGCUCCCUCCCACUAUUCUGGCACAACUUGAGGACCUGCUCGUGGAGGGAGACCUGAUAGAAGUGUCUCUGCAAGAGACGCGGCUUCUUUGGAGGUUACUGUCAUCACCCUCGUCUUCCGCUGACCAGGGCGCAGAGCAUGAGAAUGAAGCACUUAAUACCGGGGGGGAGUACAGAGAUGACGCGCCGUGCAAGAGGAAACCCGAGUCGGAGGACGUUUUCAAAGGGGAAAGGAAGGCGGCAGACGACCGGCCAGCCGACAGUCACAAACGCACGAAAGUGGAGAAGGAUGAAGGGGUAGACUCCGGCGCGGAGUUUUCCGCCGCGUCGAGCGAGCACGAAGGGCAGAGUCCCAGUUCCAGGGAGGGGGACGAGCGGUCGGGCGGAGUGAGGUUUCGGGAAAUGGGUAACAAACUGGAGCGAGCCUGCGGCGGUGAUGCGGCGGAGGGCGUCGUCGUAGUGGGCUUGAAAAAUGUGGCAGAAAGCAAUGUGCAACCUCAAGCUGAGGUGUGAAGAUUUUGUGUCGUGCUUCUCCAGUAGGUUUUUUCUUUUCUUUCUAAUAUGUACAUUAGCUGUAGCAUACGAUUUAAAACGUCAUACAAUAUAGAUGUAUAGGUUUGCGUCAUGUAUAUAAUGCAUGUGUGUGUGUGUGUAGUGCAUGUGUGCGCAUAUGCGCACGCGUGCAUGUUUGCAGAAAUUGAAGUUGUCAUGGUCAUUUUACAUACAAUGUUUUGCUGUAUUCCUUUUUAAUCCGAAUUUUUCCAUACAUUGUGCAUUAUCAUGAUCCAUAAGGUGACACUUGGAAGCUCAGUUGAAGCUUCUUCCUUAAGCAUUGUUAUCAAUCUCCAGUUCUCCACCCCUUCUAUCCUAGUACUUUAACCCCAACGUGGGUGAAGUUAUUGCAGCUCUCCUCCGCUGAGCAUGGUUUAAGAGGUUUAAAUAUUAACCUUGUGCUGGUUUUGUAGUCAAACAGGCCAACGUUUAUUUUUCUCAUUCUAUAAAUCAAGGUGACAUUCCACCCAUAUAAUUAUUACAGAGUUGUGCAAUUAAAUACCUACCUUUUUUUUAAAUACAUAAAUAUGGAUACCAAUACGAGUACAUGUAAAAUGCUGUUGCCUUGGAAUUGACCUGAGCGUGGCGGUAAAAUAUGGAAGCACGAUUUCGCCUGGCUUUAUGGAAGGGGAGGGGGGUGGACUUACCCAAACUACUGAACCUAGAGGAUGCGUCACAUUUCCACAAGAUAAGAAGCCCCUCAGUCUUGCUUUGACAGUUUGCUUUGCGGUUUGAUUUUCAGGGAGACUAAAGGAAAAAAAAAUUGACCCAAAAUUAUCGUGACAAUAACUGCAGUGUAGAUUUGCAAAGACAUGUUGGUGUGAAAACGUUAAUGGAGGCGGCUUCCUUGUGGUAGAGGUAACGGUGAUCUUGUUAUGUGUCUUCUAUUUAAAUGUUUGAUUUUUUUUAAAAACGUACCUUCAUCCCUAAAAACGGGCAACCCAGUUGUGCUUGUGAAAGGCUCUAGUAAAUAGAUAACGAUACGCAUUAGUCUCUGAGUGGUUGAGAUAUCUAAAAGCCCAAAGCAUUACUGUGUUUGUAAUCUUCAAAAAAACAAUAAGAUGUACUGGUCUCCUUAGUAAUGACUGUAAAGGUAGCUUAUCCUAAUUGGUAGUGUAUCCUAAUUGGUAGUUCAUCCUAAUGUCGAAUGUCAAGAGCCCAAGGAGGGAGAACCCUUUUUUGUUCGUGAGCCCUCUAUGAAGUGUAUUUAUCGGAAUAUUUUAUCUUCACUGCACUGUUGACUACAUACAAGUGGGCUGAUUGAAACAGGACGCAAACCGGUCACGUGUGCAGGUACAUCACUUGCCUCUUUGGUGCUUUGUAGAAUUGUUGAUCCGCGCCGGUGUUGGAUCUUGCGCAGACUUGCUCAUAUGAUUUGGACUUGUUUAAAUGUUGGCUCUGCCAUAUCGGUGCACCACAGUGAGAGAGAGGCUUAGUUUCUUUCCUCACCUUUAUAAUGCAGCUGAAUCAACUAAAGUGAAAGAGAGGACCUAUUUCACACGGCUAAUGUAAUGCCUGUUUGACUGUUUUGUUGUAAAAUAGAAAUGUCUGUAGAAACUUUUUUUUUUCCUCUUUGAGGUAAACGUUUAUAUAUAGUACAUUUUUUCAGACGUGCAGGUUUUCUAAAAAAAAUAUAAAACUCUUUAAAAAAAAAAGGUCUUCUAAUUGAACAUUUUACACAGUUUUCUAUAACUCUUGACAAGGAGAAUGCAAAUUUAUUUAGAGAAUUUUACAGCAGGUAUCUUGAAAUAUUUUUGAUUGUUUUUAUAUUUUUAAUGGAAUCUUUUACAUUUGGACAUACUGUACACACACAUCACACCAGAUCAUCAGCAUUUGCCUCGAGCUGCUGUUUUUUUUUUUGUUGAAAACUCAAUCCUUUUCUUUUUUGUCCUCCCCUCCUCCCCAUGGUUGUACAUCUUCUUCUUAGUCGCAGGUGAUUGAAGCAUUAGAAUUUUAAGGCAAUAUUGUAAUUGUUUCUUGGUGCUCAAGGGGGUAAUAACUUAAUACUAUUGUCUUUGGGACUUUUUGUCAUUUAUUUUUGUCCAACUACAGAAAAAAACACUUUGCAGGUAAAGAAAAGAGUAAGCAUUGGCACAAAUAAAUGUUGAUGUUCAGAACUGUGAACAAUGCAUAUGUAAUAAAAGUGGGACAAAGUAACCUGUUGGUUUGUAUCGUGUAUAUUGGGAGUUGUGAAAUUGUUUUGAUUGGCAUGUAACAUGUGUUCUAAGUUGACUAGCAGUUCAUGAAGACGUAUGUUUCAGAACUUUCAUUUUACUAUUAAAUAAACGUACGUGUGUUGCAGAUUAUUUUUAUAGCAAUUGUUGAUGCUGUUGUACAUGUCAAAAGCAUAUAACAUGCUUUUAACGUUGACUUCAUGUUUUUGAGGACAACGCAUGACUGUUGAGAAACGUAAACUAUGUUUCAUUGUUUAAUGCGGUUAGUUUACAUGUCGAAAGCAGCAGUACCCUUGGACUGAUGUGAUUGACAUUAUAGUCGCUAGCAUGGAGGGGCUUUUGGUGCAUAAUAUUGUGCAAACUAUUGGUUCAACGUUCCAAAAAUAUAAAAGUGCUGCAGCGAAAGUAGGCUUUGGUAUGUUCAGUUCAUAUUGACUUUGCCUGAUGUAGCCAAGUAGACUUCAUUGUCAUCGCCAAUAAUUUAUUACACUUGUUUUACCCAGGAAAGCCUUGGUCUCAAUGGUUUUAUCAGAGGGUCUCGCCAGGUUUUUUUUGAAGUAGGGGCAAUGAUUUAUCUGAAUGCAACUGAAUAAUUUUCAUGUAUUACACGAAGGCUUUCGUAACCAAUGUCCAUAAUAUAGGUGUUUUGGGUUGGAUUGCGUAAAUAUUAACAUAGGUAAAUAUUUAUGUGAUCUAUACCCAAGAAACCUAUAAUAUUUAAAUGUAAUUUUCAAAUUUCGCAAGAAAUUUGUAACAUGUGAGCACAAGCAGUGGCCUACUUUUCAUUGAUCUCACCAGAUCUCCAAACGUCCACUUGCGAAGCAGGCUGCGAAAUAUGGUUAAACCCGCAGUAAUAACCAGGGCAGCCGCUGGAUUCGAACGAUAAACCUGCAGAAAGUUGCAAACGUGCCAACGCUCGGCCAUGUUAGCGCCCCUAGGCUGUUGGCACAACGGUUGAAUGUUAUGUUUAUUCACUCGCCUCAUGUUUUGUAUACUAAUAAAUUUGAAGACCUGUUUGCAAAUGAAGCAUUUCGUCC